GCCACUUCCCUGGUAUACGUUGCAGGUAUGAAAACGCAUGGAUCUAUGGGCCUAUCUUAACGUGUAUUUAUACCACGACGUCGAGCCUGAGCGAUCGAUCAGAGCCGAGACUGAGGUGGAUACUGAGCAAUUCGACAAGUGAAGUCAUAUUUAUAUUCCAGUCAUUUUGUGUUGCCUAAUUAAUCUCGUUUGACCGGAUUUAGAAUGAUAAAAAUGCAGUCAUUGUUGAUAAGAUGUGGUCCAUUUCAGCGGAUUAUACCUCUAGUCAGUGGCGGAUUAUCGGGUUUUGGGAGAAAUAUUGCAAGUCGAAGUUUGACCCUGUCUUCUGCAAGCACUCAGGCGAGAAGCUCCGGAGUCGGUGCCAGUGGCCCCGGGGAGAAGCGACAUAACAAAAACACACAGAAGAGAACUGUUCAUGGGGUUGCUAAGCAACAGACGUUUCCUGAUGCCCCUGAAAUACCGCCAUGUGACCACCAGCCCAACAAAUAUGAGGGUAUGUCCUAUGAGGAUGCCAGGCAGGUGCGGAACGAGUCCAUCAACCCGGCCCUCUUCACCUACUACAGAAACCCUGUGAUGCUUCAUCAUGGGAAGAUGCAGUGGCUCUGGGACGUAGCAGGCAAGCGAUACCUUGAUCUCUUUGGGGGAAUCGUCACAGUCAGCGUUGGACACUGCCACCCACAUGUGACCGAUGCACUGGUCAAACAAGCACACAACCUCUGGCAUACCACAAAUAUCUACAUGCAUCCGGCUAUACAUCAGUAUGCCAAAGACCUAAGAGCUAAACUUCCUGAACACCUUAAUGUGAUAUACUUUGUGAACAGUGGUACUGAUGCUAAUGAUAUGGCUGUUCAGAUGGCCCGUAUGUACACUGGUUCUUAUGAUGUCAUCAGCUUCAGGAAUGCGUAUCACGGUGCCAGCCCAAAUCUCCUGGGCCUGACAGCCAUGAGCAGUUGGAUUUACCCUAUACCAUCUGGCUUUGGGAUGAGGAACACCAUGAAUGCUGACUGCUAUAGGGGACUUUGGGGAGGAAAAUUCUGUCGUGAUUCCCCAGUUCAGACCGACCGUGAUUGUGACUGCACGGUAGAAUGCAAGGCAAAGGAUCUCUACCUAGAACAGUAUGCAGAAGUUCUGAGGUACUCUACAGGAAAGAAGAUUGCAGGUUUUUUCGCUGAAGGAAUUCAGGGUGUUGGGGGCACAGUGCAGUACCCUAAAGGACUCUUGGCUGAGAUGUACAAACUGACCAGGGAAAAAGGUGGAGUGUGCAUCUCAGAUGAGGUUCAGACCGGGUUCGGCCGUCUUGGCAGCCAUUUCUGGGGCUUUGAAAGCCAUGGGAUUAUGCCAGAUAUUGUGACCAUGGCAAAAGGAAUUGGAAAUGGAUUUCCCCUUGGAGCUGUUGUGACAACAUCUGAAAUCGCUGCUACAAUGAAGGAAGCUCUCCAUUUUAACACAUACGGAGGAAACCCACUGUCGUGUGCUGUCGGCUCUGCUGUACUUGAGGUGAUCGACAAUGAAGGACUCCAAGCGAACUCAGAGAAUGUAGGUACCCAUCUCCUCCUUGAGUUAGCAAAACUCCGAGAUGAGUUUGAGGUUGUUGGUGAUGUCAGAGGAAAAGGUCUUAUGAUCGGGAUGGAAAUGGUUGCAGACAAGGAAACGAGAGCACCCCUCCCUCCUGAUGAAAUGAUGGACAUUUGGGAAGAUACCAAGGAGAUGGGACUUCUUAUAGGCAAAGGAGGAUUUUAUGGACAGGUAUUCCGUAUCAAGCCCCCUAUGUGUAUCACCAAGGAUGACGCUGACUUCACAGUAGCAGUGAUACGUCAGGCACUCCUCAGGCACAGAGACCGUCAAGCAAAGAAAUGAGUGCCUGCUUCUCUCCUUUCCCAUCGACUCUUUUGAACCAGUAUUACAUUCCCGAUAUGCCAAUCAGGGAAUUCAGGGAUCGGCGAGUAAGGGAAACUUGUCAAAAGUCUAUGUCGCAUCUUUCAUCAGGAAUCCCAUUUCAAAAACAUUUUGCAUCUCUUCUUAUCCACUUUCUUGCAUUCUCCAUUAUUUUGUGUAUGAUGAAAUGUGAGAAAUUGUCAUAAAUAGUCACUUGAAGGAUUCCUGCAGGAAAGACGCGGCUCUGCCUUAGGACAAGACGGAAAUUAUACUCGUGGGGUAUGUCUGUGUCUGUCGGCCUCAAAAUCAACAAUAACUCGCCAGGUGAGGUUCUCUCGAAUCAGCCAAAAUAGUAAAUAAGCCUACAUAAAUUGAAUAUAAGCAAAAUUAACCUUGUCUAAAAGAGUAGCACUUCUACUCUGUACAGUCAAAGUUAUAAAGCAGUGGCAGAUCCAGGAUUUUGCAAUAGAAGUGGCACAAGUAGCAAAAUUUGGAAAUAGAGGGGGUGCAGAUUUCCAUUUUCUUAGAUUUAGAUACAUGUUGAAUGGGCGAUCCUCAAAAUAUAGAGGGGGUGCAUCCCUUGUACCCCCCUGGAUCCAACACUAUAAAGUCAAACAUAAAAUGGAAUAUCAAGAGUUACUCUGAGACCAUUACAUAUUUGCAGAUAGCUGGGAGUUUCACUGAGCUAGGGCAGCAGUAUGUCAUGUCCGAGUGAACCCCAAAUGUCUAAUCUAAUUUUCUCCUUUAUAUUUGAGGUACUCACCGACAUUCUUCUACAUCGGAUCAAGUACUAUAUAUAUCAUUUUAGAGCUUGGGAUAAAUAACUAUAAAUUCAUUUUUGCUGACUUAUUGUGGUUUAUAAGGCCAAUGAUCACCUAAAUGAUGCAUACCAUGAUACAGUGUGUUAUUAUAAAGAAGGAUUCCAGUUCUGGGCAAGAUGAAAAGUAAUUUGUGAGGUUUGAUAUCGUUUUCAUGUUAUUUUCUAAAAAUAUCUUGGUAUUAAUAACUAUUAAUCUUCUCUGCAAAUGAUUGGUCUAAUAUUUCCAUUAUGACGAAGAAUACAUGCAUCUGAAAUGUUAGAUCAGGACACUUUAGUGUCAUAAUUAUAAUUGGGUGGGGGGUCAUAAAGUCAUCACCUUUAUACACAUACAUUUUAAUCAUCAAGAUUUUAUUGAUUGUAUUUCAUCUUUAUAUGAUGGGACUCAAAAGAACUUGAGGCACAUGUCCCAAUCGUGCAUGUAUACUAAAAAAAAAGCCAUAACUUUGGUAUCCUUCCAAAGCCAUCAUCAAUAUGUUUCCACCAAAUUUCCACCUUUUUUUUUAAAACCCAAGUUGACACAAGGAUGAAGUUUCCUUUAACAGCUAAGGCGAUAGAUUUUAUUUCAUCAUUGGAUCAGACAUUCUCAUAUCUCUCUGGUGCAAAGAGUCUCACAUUGGACAAUUAACCUUGAACCUGCCUCAAUUUAGGGAGGGGGGAGGCAUUUAGAUUUCAGAUAAAAGUAUUUAUAAAAGUGAAAACAUAAAUUGUGAUCAAAAGGCUUGUCCUGUUCUCAUUUUGUGCAGUGAAUUACAUUUUUGACAAUUCUCACAGUAAAACCGGUCCAUAAUGGCCACCCAAAGAAGAUAGGAAAGUGUCUUUGUGAGCAGGUGGUAUUCAUGGCAGGUUCCUGUAGUGUUAUACAGUAGUAGUACAUCACGUCUUUAUUAGAGAUCAAGAAGAAUUCCAAUGGGGAAAUAAUAUUCAAGGGAAAGCAAAAUGUUUAUCUUUGUAGGUCCCUCUGUACAGGCGAUUGCUAAAGUAGGUUUGACUCUGGUUUUUUAUCUUUAAAA